AUGCAAAAUUGUUUCCCCACCAUUUUCCCGAAUGGAGAAGGUGGAAUAAACCCACUAGAAGACGUUGAAGACCGAAUCCAUGAGUACGACCUUGCUGAAUAUUGUGCACACCUUAUGAAGUGGCACGACCGUCGCUAUGUAAUUCAUGGCAACUUCAAAUUUUUCUGUCUGAACCUUAUUCAGCACCGCCAAAUUGACAGUCUUGUUCGUCGCGUCAAUUGCCAGCCCACAUUGCAGUAUCUAGAGUCACUAAAACCAUACUUUAGUAGUGUUCGUGGUAGCGGUUUCUAUUGGGCAAACGUCAGAUAUGAGUUGAUGAGCAUGAUAGGCAAUAGAGUGCUUCCCACGCGAUGGCCAACUUUUUUCUUAACGUUGAGUGCGGCAGACACAGUAUGA